CUUCAUUUGUAUGAGGUUAUAAUUGUGUUUCUACUGUCCGCAGGCAUAUUGCAGUAUUCUCUACUUGAAGCCUCGGAUGCAGAUCAUCGUACGGGGUCAAAAGGUGAAAUCUCAGCUCAUUGCUAAGACACUGGCCUUCGUCAGAAAGGACCACUACAAGCCCAUUUUCCUGACCAAACGCAUUCCCAUCAUUUUUGGCUAUAACACCAGAAGUAAAGACCAGUAUGGGAUUAUGCUGUAUCACAAGAAUCGGCUCAUCAAAGCCUAUGAACGUGUAGGCUGCCAGCUCAAGGCCAACAAGGAAGGAGUUGGGGUCAUAGGGAUCAUAGAGUGUUUCUAUCUGGAACCUACCCACAACAAACAGAGCUUUGAUGAGACAGAUAAGUACAGGAAAACAAUGAACAGCUUGGGGACCAAACUGGAGGAGUACUGGAAUGAAAUAAACUACAAGAAAAAACAAGAGAAUCCAAACAGCACCAUACCCAUGGAAGAUACCACGAAGCGACCGGAUCAAAACUGGGUGAUGUGUGAUGAGUGUUUGCACUGGCGCAAACUCCCUGAUGGGAUCGACACCGACAAGCUGCCAGAUAAAUGGUCCUGCCAUUUGAACCCGGAUCCGCAGUUCAGGAGCUGCCAAGCAGAACAGGAGCCUGUGGACUCAGAUGACGAUCUGCAACCUUCAUACCGCAAGACGUAUAAACUAAAAGAAAGGGAAGACAUGAGGAUUCAAGAGCAAACGGCUGAGGAGGCUCGAACGGCGCUGCGUUUGGCUAAUCUCGCCAAGCAGAAAAAGGCCCAAAUACAGGCUGUCGCUUCCCCCUCCACACAUACUACUCCAAAGAGUAGGUCUAACAACAUUUUGCCCCUAGGGGGGGCUGCGAGAGCUCUCUCCGCUCCACUGAGGUCCCCCCCCCUUUCACAAGCUGCUUGCAGCCCUUCAAGUAGCAGUGAUCUUCCAUAUAUAUCCGGUGUUUUCUCACUGGCAAAUCUCCCUCAGAGCAGGGGGAAAAGAACUCAGCCGGCUUCUCCACAAAUAACCCCCAAAAGGCCGAGACAGAAUGGCUUCCAUCAGGGCAAAUUAGACCUAUCAACAUUAGUGAAUGUGAGCCCACUGAGCUCCCCACCAGUUAUCAGUGAAAAUGAUGAGGACACUGAUGAUGAUGUAUGCAUCUUGGAGACGGUCAGUACCCCCAAGCCAACAAGUCUGUCUUUAGACUUGACUAAAGUGAAGACCGAGGUGGAGCAAAGUGAUGCUGACGUGGGCAUGCUGAUGGAGUGCAGCGAUGAUGCUGCUUUGGAUAACGGCCCAGACAUAAAUGCUGCGGGAACGAGCUCCUCAGCGUCUGCAGCUGUGGGAACCAGUACCUCCACAGCACCCCCCACAGGGGUGUCCACCAGCACCACCCAAACAGAUGUACCCAAAGUAAAGAAGGAAGAGGAGGACCAAAUUCCAACUGAAGAGGAGGAGAGAGUGGGGCUGAGUACAUCUAAUAUAACAAAGCCUUCAGGUGUCUGCAGGGUGGAGCAGAGUGUAAGGAAGGAAGCGAGCAGUGGAGAUGCUCAUUGUGAGAAUGAAGGAGACCUCACCUUGCAGAAUGGAGUGACACAUCAUGAAGAUAGUGAGGAAGAAGCUGGACCUUCCUGGGCUCAAAAAGACUCUCCACAUCCCCACCCCAGUGUGAUUGAGGUACAGGGGCAGCAGGACCAGCUUCUAGAGCUCAUGCAGGAAAUCGCUCAGGAGAGAGACUCCUUUAAAGAGCAGGUGCACAGUCUUAUCUGCCAACUGCACGACACGAAGAGCAGACUGCAGGAGCUGAGCAGUGUGAAGAAGGAGAGCUCCAACCAGGCCAGCCAGACGGAGGAAUCUGAGAAGGACUACAAAGAUCUGUUUGAGAAGGCCAAACAGAAAGUGGAAGAACUUAUUAAGGAAAAGGUUUCACUGGAAGCCACCAAACCCAGUACUGCCCAAUGUGAGGAAAAGGACUUUGACGAGAUUGCUAUGCAAGUUGACUGUCUGAUGCGACAGCUGGAUGAAAGACAAAAGGAGAAAGAUGAACUGCGCUCACAGGUCAGUCUUACAGCUGUAUACGCAGUGUAGCGUACAACAGUGGUUCCCAACCACUGGUACAGGGACCCCUAGGGGUACUUGAGGGGAUCGCAGGGGGUACGCAGGUCCAUUCAUCGCCAAAUAAAUAAAUAACUUUUGUCUUACAUGAAUACAGAAAAUAACAUUGUUUCUUUUCAAAUAUGACGGAUAAAAGUGACUGUUCAGAGGGGAGGGGUUGCUUCCUAAAUAAGUAGUGAGUCUUAACAUAAUUAUUUUUACCUGACAACAAGUGUACAUUUCAAGUUUAAAUGCAUUUGUAUUGAAUGUGAGUUAUACAAUGGAUUUUCCUUUAGGAGUAGUUGGGUUGAACACGAUAACAAAGGGUUUAAUACACGAAAAAAUGUAGG